AUGCAGAUGGUUAACAAUAAGUUCUUGUAUUUCAAAACAUUCCUUCCCGUAGACAACCUCUUAAGGUUGAGUCAUAAUUUGAAAAACCUAAUGAUAUUUUCAGAUAUGUCGUACCUUGCUUCUUUUAAGCGCAAAAACAUUGAUUUGCUGGUAGAGAAGUACCUCUCAUUUGAACAGAACAUUUUCAAAGUUUCCUUACAAAAUUUGAAGAGUGACAAGGUCAUGCCACUUUGUAGUCGUACGCGUAGUUUUCACGCAAUAAAGCCCCAUCAGUUCUUGAAGUUCUUACUUGAGCAUGCAAUAAAUCUGGAGAAACUUGUUAUAGUACCAGAGCAUAAAGAGUGCAAUGGUUGUUCUACUAAUACGUCAAAUCUAAUUAAGCAUUUGUUAGCUUUUCCAACAAGUGCAAUUAUUUCCUUCUGA